AUGACCAUGAAGAGAGCUUUACCGUCUCCUUCCUCACUGCUCUUCCAUCUCCUGAUAACACCACUCCUUCUCUGCCAAGCAAACAGAGUCUCUCUCUCAAUGCCUCCAUCUGAGGCAGAGACUCUCUUCAAAAUCAUGGACGCAAUGUCCUCUGAUCAACAAUGGCGCCGCUCGCACCCAAACCCUUGCGCGCCUGGCUCGUCUUGGCCAGGCAUUGAGUGCAAAACCGGUCCAGACCACUUGCCACACGUCUCUCGCCUCGACUUCGGCUCUGCUCCAAACCCUUCUUGCAAAACCUCUGCUUCUUUCCCUUACUUGAUCUUCACUCUCCCUUUCCUCCAAUCAGUCUUCUUCUUCAACUGCUUCACUCACUUCACCACCACAAUCAUCUUCCCAAUCAAACCCAUCCCAAGCUCCUCUCUUCAACAGCUCAGCCUCAGAUCAAACCCUUCUCUCUCAGCUACAACAAGCUCACAGGCAAAGUCCCUCUGCAACUAG